AUGCCAGCCAUGAGAAAUUGUUGCUAUCUCAAAUUGAAUUCUACUGCUUUAUUUAAUGAAAAUUUAACCUAAGAAAAUUCUUUUCUGGGUAAUUGGAAAAAAUAGUUUUUAACUACUUCUUCAAAAUUAAUUAUCAUUUACAUUUUUGAGUAUAAUAAACUAUAAGAAAUGAUAAAAAAGUUUGAUGAAUUUACCAAUAUCAAAUUUACAUGUACUCAUAACAAUAACAAAUUGAAGUAAAAGUUUAUGGAAUUGUAGAAUAGAGAUGUUUUUUAUUUGGGUUAUUAGGAAAAAUUUAGAAUUAAAAAAAAUAGACAGAGCCAUACGUUACUUAUAAUAAGUAAGAGGUUAAUAAUCAUUAUUAUAAAAUAAAGAACCCACAAAAGAAUGAAAAAUUUUUAAAAAUAUAAACUUUUAUAAAAUUUAGAUCUUGGCUAACCUAAUGGCUAAUUUAAGAGAUUUUAAGAUCUAACAAAAGAGAGAACGAUAUAUAAUAAAAAUUUUCAAGUAUUUUAAGAUUUGUUUAAGAAUUAAAGGAAUCUUAUAUAUUAAUAUAAUCCAUAGAAUCUCAAGUAAUAAGAAUAAAAUCAAUGGAGAUUAUAUUUUCAUUGUAAUUGA